UAUGAAAUAAACAAAGAUUUUUGUAUGCCAGAAACACAUGGAAGAAGGGAACCACCUUCCACCAGGACAAGCUGAAGAAGUUGUAGGUCAACCAAUGUUGGUGGAACCUGGUGAAGAAGGAACCACCUGUUUCGUGUGCUGUAUGCGAUUCCCAACAUCACGGAUGUGUCGUCAGCAUCAGCAUCAUGUACACAUGCGGUGGGUGAGCAAGGAGACACCAGACUAUUCUCAAGAGGAGAUGCCAGAACUUUGCAAUGGAAACAGCCAAGACAAUGAGAUCUUAGAAAGUGAAAUACUGAGGGACACAGAUAGUUCUCAACUUGUCCACACAACAGCUGGAUCUGAGGAGGAGGACACCAUCUGGCCAGCUGAUCACCAGCAUGCUGGUGGAGAUGGUCUGCAGGAUGGCCAGCAUCAAUCUCUAAUUGACACAGCUAAUAAGCAAGCACCAGGUUCUGAGAGCUUGGACAGUCAACAGGCUCUGAUUACUGAGUCUGUGACAAACCAGUCACCUGUGAAUAUUGAAACCUUAACUGAUGAACAGUCUGUAUCUAUGGACAACACUGUUGACCAACAACAAAUGGACAAUGAAAGUUCAGUUAGUCAACAAACUCUGUCCACUGAAAUCAUUGACCAACAGGCAGUAAAUAGAGAAAAUGUUGUUGACCAAAAAUCUUCCACCAGUGACAGCAUAAUUGAUAAACAUCCUGUUAUCAAUCCAGAUGAUCACUCUAACACCAUCAUAGAGAAAGAAGAUGCAGGAGACGCUACAUCUAAACCUAUUAAUGACAAAUUGAUCACCAUUCAGGAUCUUCCUACAGACAGGGAACUGGCAGAGCUAGGCUUCCCUGCCAAAGUGGGCUAUUACUGUCAUCAGUGUGAUGCUGUUAUCAAAAGCUACCCCCUGUAUUACAUGCACAUGCACAACGUGCACAAGUUAGAGAAAAGAUUCCAGUGCAUCGUCAGUGAGUGUAUGAUACUCAGACAUCUUCAGGAACACAUGUACAGCCCAGAACAUACCAUAAUAUACAUUAUCACACAGGAAAAGUACAACAGGUGUGAACCAAGAAACUACCGUUGUAAAGUCUGCCACAACUGGUUUGGACUUUUUGCAACAUUUGUGAAACACAUGGAAACUGAAAGCCAUCAGUACCAAUGUAUGCACUGUGGACUGUUGUUUGUUCAGCCAGGCCCACGUCGAAAUCACAUUCAAAGUGUUCACCCUGAGAUGUCCAAUGUUUGUGAGAUAUGUGGGGUCAGAAUGUCCCACUCUCAAGCACUCUGGAGCCACUUGUCCUUACAUAGUAUUGUCCACGAGUGUCACAAGUGUCAGCGACGUUUCCUCCAGAGGGAACAGUUGGUGGCCCAUAUGGAAGUGCAUGC